GGAGCACCAUUCAUAAAAAUGUCAGCCCGAAUAAAGCCUUCGUAAAAGAUGUGAAAUAAUUAGUGUUUUUUUAAUAAAAUGGCAACGCAAAAGCCGAGCUUAUGGGCUGAUCAUUUGAUAAACCGAUUUGGGGAUCAGUUACCAUGUCGAAUUGGUCCUCAAACCACUCAUACUACCAUAAAUCAAGAACAAAACAAAAACUGUAUUAUUCAAAUCUCCAAGCACAAAUUUUCGUUAGUUUUAGAUGGUUUUGUUAAAGUUCUAAAAAAAGUCAAUGAAACCUAUGACAAAAAUCAAAAACAUGGAUCUGAACAGGAAAAAAAUUAUUUUGAUAGCUUAUUUAUAGUACUAGAAACUCUGGAAAAAUGCUUUAAUAUUCAGCCCAAAGACUCUAUCUCAUUAACCAUGGAGGAAUGUCAAAAUUUAAAAAUUUUGUUAAAAGAAAUUUGCAGUUAUCUCCUUAUAAAAGAUGUUUUCCCAGAAAAUAACCCAAACACUCAUGCUGUGAGAUUAUUAGCCAGUAAAGUUCUUUUUGCAUUAUCAGUAAAUUUUUUUAACAUUGUAUUCACAAGAAUUACAUCAAAGUUACAAGAGUGCGCUUCAUCUCCAGAAGAAAUUAGCGAUUUAAGUGAAAUUGAAUUAAUACAACACAUAAAUGUAGAUGUUAAGAAGUUGUCCAAGCUUUUUCUAGAGGGUGUUAUGAAAUUUAAGCAGCUAAGAAAAAAUGCUCAACAGUUGUAUGUUACCUCUUUAGAAAAAGCUAUAUGGAAUUGGAUAGAAACCUAUCCGUUUGAGUUUGCCGAAUACCAAAAAAAUCCUGAUGAAGACUUAUACAAAAAUGCUGAUCAGUUAUUUGAUAUCAUGGAGUCUUUUACUGACAAUAAGAAAAUUAAACCAAAUAUGUGGUCUUUACAAAUGAUGUUAUUGAUACUCAACCCUAAGGUCUUAGAAGACAUAAUAUUAUCAGAAACAACUGGUGGGACAUCGCGAUAUUCUAGGAAAAAGAAUUACAUUGAUAACAUUAAAAAAUGUCUUGCCAUGCAUUCAAAUAAUAAACAGUCAACUGAAGCAGCUGCAAUAGCCUGUGUUAAAUUAUGCAAAGCAUCUACUUAUAUUAGCAUAGUGGAUUCUACAAAUAAAAUUUUUAUUUUAGUGCAGAAUGUUAUGAAUGAUUUAAAGAAUUUACUCUUUAACCCAACAAAUCCUUAUUCACGAAGAACGUGCAUUGGUCAAGACAUAGAUAUAAUGAUAGAUUGUUUUGUCUCAGUUUUUCGCAUAAAACCCCAUGGAAAUGAUGUUUUAAAAAUUUGUUUAAACUUAAACUCGCCUCCUACUUAUCAUUUUGUUUUGGUUAGAUCUUUAUACAAGAUCGUCACUCAACCGCGCCUACCUUGGUGGCCAGUGAUUGAUAUUGUUUACACAAAAUCUGCCGAGUUAAGAGCAAUAUUUGCGGAUAUUUUAAGUAAAGUAGCUACUCAGGGUUAUAGCCAACACACACCUUUGAAAAUGAUAUCAAUUACAUUAAAAGGUAGUAAAGAUGCUCAGCUAAAAUAUCGCGGUGGUGCAGAAGAAACACCAGUUUACAGGAACCUUCUUUUAUACAUGGUACGCCUUAUUCAUGCUGAUCCUGUUUUAAUGUUAAAUCAUCAUGGUAAACCCGGGCAUGAGAUUCAGAGCUGCACUUUAGAUUUAAUUAAUGGUUUGGUGUCUUUGGUUCAUUUGCAAUCCAUGCCAGAGAUUGCUCAAGAGGCCAUGGAUGCACUGCUAGUGUUGCAUCAUCCAGAUAAAAUAGAGAUGUGGAAUCCUGAAGCUCCAAUUAAUACCUUCUGGGACGUGGGGUCCCAAGUUCUCAGUCAAAUUUCUGGGAAGCUCAUUCAGCAUCAGUAUGUUAAUUAUACAGAUAUUCUAAAAUGGCUCAGGGAAAUAAUGGUUUUUAGAAAUGCCUUCUUAACUAAGCAUAAAGAAUAUGCCACUCUUGGUAGCUCUAUUAGCCAUUCUUUGCAAGCUCACGUGAAGCUUGAGGUGGUUUGUUAUAUGUAUUUGUGGAGUAUUGAUAUUGAUGCAGUUCUGGUUGCAAUGAGUUGCUUUUCUUUGUUGUGCCAAGAAGCUGAUAUAAUCUGUCUUUCAGAGGAAAUUAGUGUAACCAAUUUAGUUCCAAACUAUCAUGUAUAUCUUGAAUUAGCUCAAGCAUCUACUGUUCUGACAACAGGGCGCCUCGCAUUACAAAAACGAAUCAUGGCUUUGUUACGAAAAAUCGAACACUGUUCAAACGGAGUGUACCCAGCUUGGGAGGAGACUUUUCGCAAUUGGACAGCUUCCUAUAAAAGUAUAUCGGCCUAUUCAAAGACACGAUCAGACGACGGCCAAAUGGAACCUUUCCAUAGAUCCGUAGGAAAAAGAAGGGCCUCUCAUCAGAAUUCAGAACACGAAUUAGAAAAAGAACAGAUCAACGAGUGGGCUAACAUGACAGGCUUCUUGUGCGCUUUGGGUGGGGUAUGUUUACAAGCCCGAACCAAAGCCUUGCAAGCAGCUGCAGCUGCGGCAGCUCAACAGCAACAAAUUCAGCAGCAACAGGCUCAGCAACAAAGCUCUCACGGAGCUAACCAUCCCGGGCAUACUCCCAUCUCUAGUCAUUCUAGCGGAUCAUCAAACAACGCUUCCGGGGCCUAUUCUAGCAUGUCUUCUCUGCCUCCUGGAUCAGGUGUAUGUGAUACGCCAUCUGGAUCUAGGAGGGGAAACACUAUGAGCAGUGCCUCCCCAAGACCUCAUCUUGAUAUAGAAGGCAAUAAUGUUACUCAAUUUGUUGAACUUCUUCUGCGCCUUCUCGUUUGUAACAAUGAAAAAUUCGGACCUCAAAUUCAAAAGCAUGUAAAAGAAUUAAUAGGCCACGAAAUGGCUGCAGCUCUAUACCCCAUACUUUUCGAACAAAUCAAAAUUAUUAUUGAUAAGUUUUUUGAUCAAAGCGGCCAAGUUAUGGUGACUGAUCUCAAUACCCAAUUCAUAGAACACAUCAUAGUAAUUCUAAAAAACAUCUUGGAUUAUAACAAGAACGAUCAGCCCUCGGAGCAUCUAGGAGUAACCAGCAUAGAAGGAAUGAUGCUCCAAAUAGUGAAAUAUGUUAGAAAUCUAGAUAUGACCGUUCACGGGCUUCACAUCAAAACGAAAGUAUGCCAGCUUGUCGAGAUGAUGAUGCAUAGAAGGGAUGAUCUUUCCUUUCGACAAGAAAUGAAGUUUAGAAAUAAAUUAGUGGAGUAUUUAACAGAUUGGGUGAUGGGUUCUAGUCAUCAAAUUUCUCCCCCUAGCGGCAGCGAUAUAACACAUAUGACCAGAGACUUAGAUCAGUCAGCCAUACAAGCUGUAGCAUCGCUUUUGAGAGGUCUGCCUUUACAGCCUGAGGAAUCCGAUAGGGGUGACUUAAUGGAGGCAAAAAGCCAGUUAUUUCUCAAGUAUUUUACUUUGUUUAAAAAUUUGUUGAAUGAAUGUAACGAGGGCAUUAGCGGAUGUUCGGAGGUCUUAGAAUUAUCCGAUAGCGAGGAAUGUAGACAUCGGUUAAAUUCGGAAAACUUAUCCAACUUACGAAGCGCUACGAUACAAGCGAUGUCUAAUCUCCUUUCUGCAAACAUUGACAGUGGUCUUAGACACUCAAUAGAUUUAGGUUACAACAAAGAUCUUCAAACUAGGGCAGCUUUCAUUGAGGUUUUAACAAAAAUAUUACAACAAGGAACGGAGUUUGACACGCUUGCCGAGACGGUCUUAGCCGAUAGAUUCGAACAGCUAGUCCAAUUGGUUACAAUGAUUAGUGAUAAAGGUGAAUUACCUAUAGCUGUAGCUUUAGCAAAUGUAGUAACGACCACGCAAAUGGACGAGCUAGCUAGAGUUUUUGUUACGUUAUUCGAUGCAAAACAUCUGCUUUCUCCUCUUUUAUGGAAUAUGUUUUAUAGAGAAGUUGAGAUAUCCGACUGUAUGCAGACGUUAUUUAGAGGAAAUUCUCUAGGCAGCAAGAUAAUGGCAUUUUGUUUCAAGAUUUACGGAGCCAGUUAUUUGCAAACGCUUUUAGAACCUUUAAUUAAGCCAUUAUUGAAUGAUGAACCUUCUCAGAGUUUCGAAGUAGAUCCGGCAAGGUUAGAUUCAACUGAAGAUAUUGAAGAAAAUCGUCAAAAUCUUGUUGCUUUAACUCAAAAAGUAUUCGACGCAAUCGUCUGCUCAGCUGAUAGAUUUCCACCUCAAUUACGUUCUAUGUGUCAUUGUUUGUAUCAAGUAUUGAGCAAGAGAUUUCCACAGUUUCCUCAGAACAACAUCGGAGCCGUCGGUACGGUUAUUUUUUUAAGAUUCAUUAAUCCAGCUAUAGUCUCUCCCCACGAGAUGGGCAUAGUCGUCAAACAAGUGCCAAAUCAUAUCCGUAGAGGUUUAAUGCUGAUGUCGAAAAUCUUGCAAAACAUCGCUAAUCACGUGGAGUUUAGUAAAGAACAGCACAUGCUACCCUUCAACGAUUUUCUUAAAGCCCAUUUCGAAACAGGCAGGAGAUUUUUCAUAACCAUAGCUUCAGAUUGCGAGACCGUCGAUCAAGCUUCACAUUCCAUGUCGUUUAUUUCCGAUGCAAACGUACUAGCGCUGCACCGUCUUUUAUGGAACCAUCAGGAAAAAAUCGGAGAUUAUUUGUCGAGCAGCCGCGACCACAGAUCUGUGGGAAGACGCCCUUUUGAUAAAAUGGCCACCCUGUUAGCCUAUCUUGGGCCUCCAGACCACAGAACAUUCGAUUCUCACUUGCUCUCAGCCAAUUCGAAAUGGAAAUCCCUGGAUAUGACGGCCACUGAUUUCGAGGUUAUGAUGGCUAUGCAGAACGUAGAAGAACAUGAAGAGUUCAAAUCACUUCAAUCGCUUAGUAUUUUUUACCAGUCUGGUACCAGCAGGUCUGGCAAUCCAGUCUUUUAUUAUAUAGCUAGGAGAUAUAAGAUUGAAGAGAUCAGCGUGAAUUUAUUUGUAUACCAUAUUCUUGUAACUUUAAAACCGUUUCGCAGUUUGCCUUUUGAAGUGGUUGUCGAUUUUACACGCACUGGUACUGAGAAUAGGUUUAGUACUGAAUGCUUACAGAGAUGGUUUUCCGUCUUACCUAUAGGAGCAAUCGAAAAUAUUUACGCUGUCUAUAUUUAUAAUUGCAAUAGUUGGGUUCGCGAGUAUACAAAAUACCAUGACCGAAUUUUAUACUCUAUAAAGGGAAAUAGAAAGAUAAUCUUUCUGGAUCACCCGUCGAAAAUUAACGACUACAUUGAUCUGGAUCAGCAGAAAUUGCCUGGAGCAACUUUAAGCCUAGAUGAAGACUUGAAAGUGUUUAACAAUGCCUUAAAACUGUCGCACAAGGAUACAAAAGUGGCAAUAAAAAUAGGUCCUACCGCUAUUCAAAUCACAUCGGCAGAACGAACAAAAGUCUUAGGACACUCUGUCUUUUUAAAUGAUGUUUAUUACGCUUCCGAAAUCGAAGAAGUCUGCUUAGUAGAUGAUAAUCAAUUUACCAUAACUAUUGUUAACGAGAGCGGGCCUUUGAGUUUUAUUCAUAACGACUGUGAUGUCAUCGUUCAGGCCAUUAUACACAUAAGGAAUCGCUGGGAGCUCAGUCAACCCGAUACUGUAACAGUUCACCAAAAAAUUCGACCUAAAGAUGUACCUGGUACUUUACUAAAUAUGGCGUUGUUGAAUUUAGGAGUACACGAUCCGAUGCUACGUACCGCUGCCUACAAUUUGCUUUGCGCUCUUACGGCUACGUUUGAUCUGAAAAUCGAAGGACAGCUUUUAGAGACUCAGGGAUUGUGCAUUCCUUCCAACAAUACUAUUUUUAUUAAAUCUAUAUCUGAAAAAUUAGCUACCAACGAGCCCCAUUUGACUUUAGAAUUUCUGGAAGAGUGUAUGCAGGGUUUCAAAGUGUCUAGUAUAGAAUUAAAGCAUUUGUGUUUGGAAUACAUGACACCUUGGCUUCCAAAUCUAGUGAAAUUUUGCAAACCGACAGAUGACGUGAAGAGAUACAAGAAGGUAUCUGAAAUACUUGAGAAGCUUAUUGUUUUAACAAUCAAAGAAACAGAAAUGUAUCCCUCGGUACAAGCGAAAAUAUGGGGUACUCUAGGCCAAGUAUCGGAUUUGAUCGAUGUUAUACUAGAUAGUUUUAUGAAGUCUUCUGCUGAUGGGGGUCAUAGUACUAUUAUGGUGGAAGUUCUAGCUGAUACUACCGUAGCUUUAGCGUCAGCUAAUAUUCAAUUGGUAGCCAAGAAAACUAUAGCCAGGUUUUUUAAAGUUAUCCGCGGUAUAACAACAAUGCAACUUCAGGUCGAAGAAAGUGUCUCUGCUGUUGCAGUAUUAGAAAGCAACUCAAUGUGGGAGGAUUUAACGGUCUUAGCGCGAUAUUUACUUAUGCUCUCUUUUAAUAAUUGUUUAGAUGUCGUACGCCACCUACCUUAUUUGUUUCAUACCGCCACUUUUCUAGUUUGCUCAGGAUCUCUCAAUAUGAGAGCGGCUACGCAUGGUCUUAUAAUGAAUAUUAUCCAUUCUUUAUGCACGUGUACCAAACCUCGCUUUUCCGAAGAGAUCCAGAAGUUUCUUCGCCUCUCUCUUGACGAAUUUUCUUUGCCGAAAUAUUACGUUCUUUUUGGGAUUAGCAAAGUAAAAAACGCGGCCGUUACCGCCUUUAGAUUAGGAGUUAAACAUCAGGAACAUCGAUUUUUUGUUUGCGCAAAAGGACCAGAACAGGCAUGUCAUCAUCAAACGUACCACAGCCAGACCUGUCAAGCCGCUCAAACGAUGACUACCAGCACCACUACUCCCACGGCGCCUCCACCAUCAGAUAAGACUAAUAACGCAGCUGUUCAAGAGAGGGAACGUGUUUCUCUAAGUUCUUUAGAAGUCAUCACAGACGCCUUGUUGGAGAUUUUGGAGGCUUGCAUGAAGGAAGUUGAAGAUUGCGACUGGCUGAGUCAGUGGACUACGUUAGCUAGGAGUCUGGCCUAUUGUUACAACCCCGCUCUGCAACCUCGUGCACUUAUCGUUUUUGGAUGCAUCGCAAAGAAUGCGACGGACUCAGAAGUAGUUCAAAUAAUGCGCACAAUGAUUAAGUCUUUGGAGUCCUGGAGCGACAUUCUCUUGCUUGAGGCAUCUAUUAUGUGUCUUACACGAUUACAACCCGUUUUGUGUUCGGAUUCGCCCAUCCACAAGUCGAUUUUCUGGGUGGCCGUCUCUGUUCUGCAGCUGAAUGAAACGAAUCUGUAUGCUGUAGGUUUAGCGCUAUUAGAACAGAACCUUCAUACUCUCGAUUCUCAGGGAAUAUUCGAUGAAACUCCGCUGGAACAAGUCAUGAUGCAAACAAGAGAUCCAUUGGAGACGUAUUUUAAGCAAAUGGACCACAACGUUGGUUUAAGUUUUAAAACAAAUUUUCAUUUUGCCCUAGUUGGACACUUGCUCAAGGGAUACCGUCAUCCCACCGCUACAACUGUUUCUAGAACUGUAAGGGUUCUCACGAUGCUGCUUUCUAUUGUAGCCAAACCUUCUAGAAGAGACAAAUUUGAAGUAACCCCAGAGAGUGUAGCGUAUUUAACAGCCCUUAUCGGAUACUCGGAAGAAGUUAGAAGUAGAUGUCAUGUAAAACAUUCCUUUCCACGAUACAUGACCGAUUCUUUGUCCCAAGAGAAUUUUUUGAUCGAAUCGAAUGCUCAGUCGAAUACGUCCCAACAAUCUGUGGCAACCACGUCGGGAAACGUGUUCAACGCCACUUCGGCCAGAAGACAGAAAUCGUGCGACCUUCUCGACCAAUCUGUACUUGCCCAGGCAAGACAGAACAAGCCGCCUAAUAGUACGCAACAUCAGGUCGAGAGGCCAAAUUCGGCGGGUAAUAAAGGUUGGCGCAGUCUAGAUUUGAGCUCGGGCCUCCAGGCCAACACUGUCCUCACCCGGACUUUAUUUCGCACGCAGCGAUCUAGCUCAGUGCCCGUUCAACAGAACUCUGCAAACGUUUCAAUAAAUACUGAAUGCCCUCCAGACGUGCCACAAAACAAAAAUCGAAGCACGAGAGUAUCGGUGAGUAAUGAAAAUAAUGUGCUGUUGGAUCCAGAAGUACUGGCGGAUUUCGGUAUCCAAGCCUUAGUACUGACCACGUUGGCCACCCUUGCAAAGCAUAGCACUGGAGAAGUAGAGACGAGAACGUUAUAUAAGUUUUUAGCGGAAGGAGCUACAGUUUUUCCAAGAGUGUUUCCAGUAAUUUAUAAUUUGUUGGACCAAAAUUUAAAAAGUAUAGUUACUGGAAACCACGAUUUGGAGACUUUGAGCGCUGUGAGGACUAUUAUACAGACGAUGAUCACUUGCGAGUGUACCACUCAGGAGAACAUCCAUUAUCUUCAGAACUGUGGCUUUGCUGGGCUGUGGAGGUUUGCUGGGUCAUUUCUUAAAGUGAAGCAGGGUGAAAGUCAGAAAGGGACAAAUAUUGAAGGGCCGAGCGUGUUAUUUAGGGAUUGUUUAAUGCAAAUGGUGGAGAUCUACAUGCCGACUGAAGAUGACGCUGGUGAAAACGGGGAACCAGCUGCUGCUUUCCCCUCGAUCCUCAGCGCGAACGACCUGAACACGAAUCUGUCUUAUUCCAGUCUGCUGCAAUCGCCGACUGACAAGGACGGGGGUAGUUUUGAGAAAGAUGACGACGACGCUACUGGGGGCAGUCAGACUUCCCUCGACAAGGUCUUUUCUAGUAAAUUGUGAAAAUGUUACAAAGCGCUUUGAGAUAAAUUGUUAGAGGAAUUGGCGCCAUGUCACCGUGCCUCGUGUUCACUCGUUGAUUUACAUAAAGUUAACUUGAAGACUGCUAAUUAUUUCUUUACGUUUAGAUUAAGUUCUAUUGUGCCCCGGGGUGUGGCCGCGAACUUUUCUAACAAUUUAGAAAAAUAUUUAUAUUCUAAACUAACGGAUAUGUGAAACUACAAUGUACAAAUUUAUUACAGUUGUUAUUUUGUCUUUAUUUCGCGUAAGUUACGUCUCAGUAUUUUUUUUAUUACGUAGAGUUUUUAUAGUUAAGUCUCCACAAUGAAAUACAUUCUCUUCAAAUUGACCAAACGGAUAAUAACUCAUUCCAAUAUAAAUCAAUUUUAUUUUUGCAAGAUUUCACAAAUACCAUUUCAAACAGAAAUUUUCAAACGUUAAAUCGUUUUAUUAAUUUGACAUUUUUGCUUUAUUUGUUUUUAAAUAAAUUAAAAUAAUUUCAUUAAACUAACGUCCUAUUUUCAAACUCUGUAUUAUACAGUUAAAUGUAGAUUAACUAAUGUCAUAAUUAGAAUGUUCCUAUGCAGUUAGUUAGUUCUUGUUUCUUGGAGUAACUAUUUUUCCAGUCUGUAUCUUUAUUUCAUUUCAAACUUGUUUUUUUGUGUGUCUCAAUGGCUUCUUUCAUUCCGUCUGAAUGAGGUGAUGAAACUGAAUAUAUACAAACAUGAAGCUUGCAGGGAACACAUAAUUUAUAAUUAGUUGAAUUAAAUUCUGUUCAAGGUCAUUACAUGAAAAAGAUCGAAUGAAGAUCGAUAAUUUUAGAAAAUGAUACCAUAAAAGUACCCCUCACAACAGAAUUUAUCCUAUCAACUUGUGUUUCCAAAAAAAUAGGCGGAUGCAGAGCAGCUCGUUUCAACCUUCUAACAGGUGCAUAACUUUUUUUAAGGAUGUUUUUUGACUUCCUAUAUUUUUAUAAGCAAGAACAUUAUAAGGAAAUAACGGUAAGUCUUAACCUGGUGAUACCUAUAACAUGAAAAUGUCAUUUUUAUUCUAAAGUUUAAUAAUUAAUACUGAUAAUUCGUUAUUAAUAUAUUAAACGCCUGUUAUUGUUAGAUGUCCCAUGAUAAAUAUAAUUGCAAGACUCCCGUCUUGAUAUUGUUAAAAAUAUAUUGUUAAAACUCGUGUACAUUUGUAUAUAUACAUACAUAAUAUAUAAUAGAUAUAUCUAUAUAAAAUUUAUUAGUUUGCAGUUUUGAUAUAUGAAUUUAGAAAAAAAAGAACUUUUAUGGAUAUUAAAGCAAACGAUUUUUAGUGUCUAAUUUUGAUAUAAAUACGAAUAUAUAGAAUAUUUCAAUUAGUAUCUUAGGAUUUCUUUUUACACGCGUUUAACUGUAUAAUACUUGAUUUGUUAAAAAGGGAUGCUUUUUUAUGACACUAGUGCAGCAAUUAAAUAAUAAUAUUAAUGUUCUUGACAAAGUUAAAAUUCCAUUUCACAUAUCCCAUUUUUUCCCAUCUUUCUAUAUUAAAUGUACAAAAAUAUAGGGCUAAGACUAGAAAAAUGGUUGCAGUUCUUUAGGGGAUUAAAAAACAACGGCCUUACAUUUUAAGAACUGAAGCGUGGGCCACCGGAAGAUAUAAAAGGAAACCUUUUUUGUUCCUUUUAAUCUUUGGUAGGUUAAACCAUUACGAUAAAUUUACCUUCCAAGCACUGAGGGAGAAAUUUGCAGAGUGUCGUCACAGGUCAUUAGACAGCUGGUUAAAGUAUAUUCCUGUCAAUGAACUAUAUAAUACAAGAUAGGACUUAAUAAGGUUUUUAGACACUGUGCUCCAUAUAUUUAUGAAUAAUUAUCUCUAAAUGCACUUUGUAUUAAUCAAUAGACAAAAUGAUUUGGUGUGUUGACGUUCACGAAGUAAUGGUGGAUACAAAAUGGUUCAACCUUUCAAAAGUGUUACAUUGGUGAGAAAUUUGGCAUGUUUACCUUAUAAAAUUCUGAACACUUCGACUUAAAAUAAGUCUUUUUGUCUUCUCUUAUCUGAUUUACAAGUAUUUCGAAGGUUUUUACCUGUGUAACACUUGCAUGGCACAAAUAAAUGUUAAUAUAUAAUGGUCAGUUAGCGAUAAGACUUAUUCUUUUAUAAGGCUGUGUAUCUUGGUAUCUACUGAGCUUUUUUUCACAACGAAUGUUCGCAUGAAUGGCAUUUUUGAAUGGAGAUUCUUUACUUGGUUUAUCCUCACAUUUCUUUCAGAUUCUUAAAGUGUAUUAAAUAAAAUACACAUAAAGCAGGAUUAAAUAGAUGCAAUAUGGUUUUAAAAAUCAGAAAUUGAACUUCAGUCUCUUUAAUGAAGGAAAUAUUUAAAAAAAUAUAAAACAUCUAAAAAUUAAAAAAAAAUCCAUAUCUAUUCUGAAACUGGAGAAAAAAUCAUAAUCUGUUCUUUUGUGAGAGAAAAUAUAAUUUAAUUAAUUUUGUUAUGUUUGGAGAUUAGAAGGGGUCUAAUAUCAUCGAAAACCAUGAAAGUUUGGAAUAUAUUUAAUAUAA